CGUACUUUAAAAUGAUGACUCCAUUCUUCUUCAUAUCAAUAAAGUCAACAAGCUUUCCAGGAGCACAUGUUUUAUCUUUCUUUCCACAUUUCCAAGACACUCUAUUUCUGUGAUCUCAUCUACACGCUUCCCCUCCGCCAAAGAACCGCCGUCUCCUCCACCACCCCUCCGGAGACAGCCGGCGAACUGUAUCGAAUCCAAAACCAAUUUAACAUUCUCUCCUGAAUUAAUUGUUCGAUUUCAGAAAUGGGUAAUUAUUGCUGUGUUACCUCCAGUGUCAAGCCGCCUCCACAUUCUCACUCGGCGGCGAACUCCAACCGGAGAACUGCGUCUCCGCCGCUCGACCACCCGUUGCCGGAGGAGGAAACCGUCAAGGAGGUUCUCUCCGAAACGCCCACUCUUCUCCCCAAGUCCGCACUGCCCGUCGACGAUGGGCCCCACAAAAAUCCACCACUCCCCAAAGAUCAGGAGAAUCGCCAAAACGACGUCGGUCUCACGAAGGCCGCUGCUGCAGCGGCGGCGGAUGCGGUGGAUUCCGUUCCCGACGACCUCUCGGGAGGUUUCUCCGGCUCUGAGAUCUGCAGCACUCUCAGCGAGAGCGUUCCCGCCACUGCGGCGUCUGGCAAGCUAGAUGACGUCACGCAGAGGUCUCCGGCAAGCGUACUAAAGGGGCCAUUUCCCGGAGAGGCGAGAAGAGAGAGGAUCUCGGAACCGUCGCCCGGCCGAGUUAGAUCCGGGGCUGGGAGAGGUUCUUCCGGCCGGCCAUCCGGGAACGUGCCGCGGAAGGGGAGUCCUGAAAAAAUUGGGCGGAGGUCAGUUUCGCCGGCGACGAGGACGGGAAUCGGCUGCGCGGAAACGGGUUUGGGUCGGACUCCAACAAUGCGGAAAUCGGGAAAGUCACCGGGUCGGGUGAGAUCCGACAUGAGCGACAAGAUCCGGAUGUUGGAGGGAAGCUUUAAGAACCAUAACAAUGGCGGCCAAAAGUGGGAAUCAACAAAGAGUAAGGAGUCCCUUGAAAACCCACUUGUGUCCCUCGAAUGCUUCAUAUUCCUUUAGAGUUUGUACAUGUACAAGAUUGUGAAAUGGGGGUUACUUUCGUCCUUUCAGUUGGCCUGAACUUCCAAAGGAUGAUGGCAUAUAUCAAUUCGCAAAGUCUUUAUACCAAGAAAAUCUGAGCAGAAUUUUUAGCUUUAUACAUGCAAGUGAACAAGAGCAGCGUACCAGUGAUAUUCCGAUUGUUUCGGGUGUAGGUUCUAGUCCUACAGUGCUUGAAAGUCAGACUACACAAUCAAGCGUUCAAGUUAUUCUUAACCCUAACAUUUCCAAGACCAAGGGGAGAAAGAAGGAGAACAAAUGUUGGAAAUCAAGCCUUGAAGUAGCAACAAGUGGCCAACGUCGGUGUAGUAUUUGUCGAGAAAUUGGACACAACGCAACCACUUGCAAGAAAAAAAAUGUUGAGGCUAUUGUUCCAGAUCGAACAAUAGACCAAGAAUGAGCGGAUUUAGAAGGGCAGAAGUAAAUGAUGUUUUGAUGAUUUCUUGUUAUGUAUUUCAUGUCAUAUCUAGUAAUGUUUGAUGUUUAAAAUUGUUAGUUCGUAUCAUUUGAGACAAUAAUUUUAAUGUAUGAAUAUGUGAAUUGUGAAUUCUAAAAACGAGGAAUAAUCUAGAUGAUGCACUUCAUAUAUAUCACAACCAAAUGAGAAAUAAAUCAAUGAUACAAAAAGUACAUAACUCCACACUACAACCAUCGUGCAUAGUACAUCCUACGUGCAUUUUACAUCCAUAGUAACAUCUAGUUCAAUACAUCGAACAUUCAAUUAACAAGAUUUUGGUACAACAGUAUUGCUACCAACAAGAGAAUACAAAUAUGCAAAAACACUUCUCGUUUCUUGUAUUUGCUGAUUCUUGACUCCAAUGUUGCAUUCUUGGACAGUACCUCUCUUUCACGAACGUUGGCAUCUAUUACUUCUCUUUGUAAGUUCAUGAUAAGGCCUUGAAACUCCUUGGCAGUCUCAUUGCUACUCAUGGUGGCAGUGUCCUUAGUCU